UUAUAAAAACGAACAGGCAGAGCACCAACCAAAUGCACAGGACACACACAGGUCUGUCAAGUCAUGGCCCUUCAGAUGCUGACCUUGUUUUUGGCCGCCUAUGGUUGGUGGAUGAUGCACUCUACAGCAUCCAAUAAGGUGCCAGGAUGUCACCUGACCACCCAAAACGUGAGCCUGGAAAAAGAAGGAUGCCUCUCUUGUCACCUUGUGGAGACGACCAUCUGUUCUGGAUACUGUGCCACAGAGUACCCUAUCUACUACGGCUUCCCCAGCGAAGAGCCUCUAGUCUGUAUGUAUGAGGAUAUGCGCCACCAAGAGUUUGAGCUGUCUAACUGCCUUGCAGGUGUAGACCCCGUGGUCAAGUACCCUGUGGCAUUAAGUUGCAGUUGUGCUGCCUGCUCCAUCCUCACGUCCAACUGUAACGAGGAACCCAAGGAACCCACUAAACCAGACUUCUGUACUCAGCUCCUUUCCCAGUAACUUCAUGUGUGACAUUGUGGAAUCGAU